UCAGCGGCUCAGUCGGUGUCGUAGCGCGGUACCGGAGCAGUCACAGGCGUGACUAUGAUUCAAUGCCAUGGAGGAAAAUGGACAAAUUACGGACUGAGAUUUCCCAGUACUCCUACGGGGAUUUGGACUGGACUUAAAAGGGACACAGACUUUUGACCUCUCGCAGAGAUCGGGGUUUUCCGGAUAAGAACGGAGCGAAGUUACGGGAAUCUUUGUCAUCCCGGACUAAAUGAAGACAAGGGGGCCCUGACAUUUACUCAGACGUCGGGGGAAGUUGAGCUACGUGCUAGCUAAAUUAGCAUUUAGCUUCCUGUGAGCGGUCUCUUUUUCAACUAGUGCGAAGCAGAGUUAAACCGGCCACGUGCGCGUGUGCGGUGGAGCGAGUAACCCGUGACGGCGUCUUUGUUUUCUGAACAACUAUCGUGUCUGAUGGUCCGCUUUGACACCGUUAGCACCGGUGCUAAUAGCUAAGCUAGUGUGCUAGCUUGUUGUUCCCCUGCUAACUUGCCACAGAGCGUUUCUGUUAGAGGGGAACAAAACGAUAUCUCAAGUAGUGGUUUCGCUGGCUUGAAAACGAGAUAUCUGCUCGUGCAACGCAAAGAGGCGUAUAAUAUUCCAUAAGCAUGCUUAUCUUGCCCACAUAGACCUCCCCGUCCGGAUGCAGCUCCAGUUACACUCUGAUUGUUUUCUCCUUCAGAUCUACGCUCAUCUGUCACUUUUAUGUUUUUAUGGAUCAAGAAGGGAAUUCAGUGUGAGAUUGCAGUCACACAUAUUUAUAAGCUGUCAGUCAGCUAGUUAAAGUUCCCCUCACUGAUCAUUCUUCUUAUUCUUCUGACCGUUACUGGAUCAAUAAGGACGAUGUUCUUCUCAGAAACACAUUUUUGGCUCCUAGCUUGUUUUUCAACCAGGACAUCCCUGUGAGGCCCUUUUUAUUCUCAGCAUCACCCGGAGUUUGCAGGACUUUUAGAGCCGGCGGACGUCCAUGGCCUAACGCGACCCAGCGCUCAGGUUCAAGUGAUCGGACCCCGGGACCCUGGGACCCCCCACCCCCCGGGCUCCGAUGGGAGACACGAUGGUCAGCCAGGGCAGCCCGGUGAAGAGCUACGACUACCUGCUGAAGUUCCUGCUGGUGGGAGACAGCGACGUGGGCAAAGGAGAGAUCCUGGACAGCCUGCAGGACGGGUCGGCCGAGUCCCCCUAUGCCUACAGCAGUGGUAUCGACUACAAAACCACCACCAUCCUUCUGGAUGGGAGGAGAGUGAAGCUGGAGCUCUGGGACACGUCGGGUCAGGGAAGGUUCUGCACCAUCUUCCGCUCGUAUUCCCGCGGCGCUCAGGGAAUCCUGCUGGUGUAUGACAUCACCAACCGGUGGUCGUUCGAUGGAAUCGACCGGUGGAUCAGAGAGAUCGAUGAGCAUGCUCCUGGCGUGCCUCGUAUCCUGGUCGGGAACCGCCUCCACCUGGCCUUCAAGCGGCAGGUUCCCACGGAGCAGGCCAGGGCCUACGCCGAGAAGAACGGCAUGACCUUCUUCGAGGUCAGCCCGCUCUGCAACUUCAACGUCAUCGAGUCCUUCACGGAGCUGUCGCGCAUCGUCCUCAUGAGGCACGGCAUGGAGAAGUUCUGGAAGCCCAACCGAGUGUUCAGCCUGCAGGACCUCUGCUGCCGGGCCAUCGUGUCGUGCACGCCGGUGCACCUCAUCGACAAGCUGCCGCUGCCCGUCGCCAUCAAGUCGCACCUCAAGUCCUUCUCCAUGGCCAACGGCAUGAACGCCGUCAUGAUGCACGGACGCUCCUACUCGCUGGCCAACCCGCAGGGCGGCUCCAAGGGGAACAGCCUGAAGCGCUCCAAGUCCAUCCGCCCGCCGCAGAGCCCGCCGCAGAACUGCACCCGCAACAACUGCAAGAUCGCCUAGGCAACCAGAGAGAGAUGUUGCCAUGGUUACGGCUCGGCGCUAUAAAGCCUGUUGGAGGUUUCUCCGCCUUCGUGUGACAUUUAUUUUUAACUGGUUGCCACUUGAAAAAAAAACAUUUUCUUUCUGUAUUUGUCAACAAACCCCAUCGGGAGGGUUUGUGGGAGUCGCAGUCCGGAGACCAAUCACCUCGCACACGAGAGACUCAAAUCUGGCUUCAUCUUUAGAACUUUUAAGUCGUGGUUUCACUGACGAAUUGACUCAUUUUUAAAGCUCCAGCUCAGUUUGUUCCGUUGAAAGUAUUUUCAAUCGUCCCCUUUUUAAAGACAAAAUGCAAAACUAUUUGCUGAUUCAUAUCAUUUAAAGAGGAGAAUAUUUGGGCGGUUUUGAUUAUUGAUUGAAGACUCUUACUUGGAGACUUUUUUCUGAUUCCAGAUGAUUUGAUGAUAAGGCCUCUCGUUGUAUUAAUGGAAUCAGUUUGUUUGGCCAUCAGGGAGCAGCAGGUGUUUGUUUAGCAGCUCAGACAUCAGGUGGAGGUGUUUGGAUGGAGGUCAGCGGUGAGUCGCUUUAAGCGUUUUACUUUCAUUUCAUCCUGAAGCAACAAUACGAAACGUUCUGGUUUUUCUACUUAUGAGAUGUCGAGUAUUUGAGGUUUCGGGCAUCGGGAGAUGAAUCGAUAGUGACAGUACUUCCCUCUAACAUUCAACAUUCAUGCAGAGCCAACAGGAGGAGCUGGUGCAGUUUGGGACUAUUUUCAGCGGCGGAUUUACUCUUUUCUGGGUAGUUUUUGGAAGGGAAAGCGGAAAACAAAGUUCAUUAUUCAUUAUUCUUAUUAUUGUGCUCGUUUCGGUCUGUUGGGGAUUCGACAAUAAGGGAAAUAGAAAACGCCUCCAAUAUGUUUAAAUCAAUCACAGCUGUUUGUCAUCGAUAUAAUGAAGUUGAUGUGAUAAGAUCUCUCCCACGUGCUGCAUUCAUGGCCCGCGGGGAACGGCAGCUACGAGUGGACGACUUGUGAAAGUUAAUUUAGCUCAUUUUUGCUGAAAUGUGUUCGGUCUCCAGGAAGCAGCUCUUCUUCUCCUGUGAUCUGCACGCCCGCCCCCGCAUGCUGUCCCAUGAUUCAUAGCUGCUGAAUAAUAGAUCUCUGGAGGUCUUCCUCUCGCUCGCUGUGGCUUGUCUCCUCAUCUUCCUCAGCUUCUCUUGACUUUCUUUAUCACACAAACAAUUAGCUGCUUGUUGUUGUUGUUUUCGUUUGACUCAUACGUGCACUGAUCGAGUCAUUGAGGGUAUAAAAAUGUAUUAUAAUAUAAUACUUUCUAUCUUUAAUUGACAAUUAUUUUAAGUGUGCACUUUUUUUUCUGAUUAUUUGAUUUUCAUCAGACUCACAACUUGAUAUUUUAUAUAGUAACAGGAUGUGACAUCAGGGAAUAUUUACCCCCCCACUUUAACGCGCUGAUGCAGAACUCACCGACCUUUAACUCGAUGUGUCUCGUUUCACACAAACGAUUAGUUCUUUACGUCCGUGUCUCUGUAACCGGACACAAACGUCUCCGUUAGCAACCGUCGCUUUUAGAUGAGUAGAAACACACUCUGCUUCUCAAAGGAGCACAACAUGAAAUCUCCUCAACGAAUUCCAGUGUUUUUGCAAAGAAGGAGUUUGACUUGUUGCCAAGGAUCCCGCCUGCUGCUGUUGUUGUUGUUGUUGUUGUUGAUAAGCUUCUCCCUCCACGUCUCCUCUUUGCUUCUCUAAGGACUUCCUCCGUGUUUGUUGACUUGUUUCUCAUGAAUCCAGCCUUUUUGGUGGGGGGGGGGGCUCUGAGGGGGAAGUAUUUGUAUAAAGAAGCAGACUGUUGUGACAAUAACGACACGACUCGCACAAAAAACAACACUUGUAAAACACUAUUCUGGUUUUCGGCUGAAGCUGCUGUGUGUGUGUGUCUGCGUGUGUGUCUGCAUGUGUGCGUGCGUGCGUGUGUGUGUGUGUCUGCGUGUGUGUCUGC